AUGGCGGAGCAACAGAAGCCCGCUACCGGCUAUCCGGCCGCCUCCAGCCAGUAUCCAGCCGGGUACCCACCGCCGCAGUCGUAUGCCCCAGCCUCCAAUGGCUACCCUCCUUCCGGCUACCCUCCAUCGUAUUAUCCACCGCCGCCACCUCCUCACCCGAACCAGGCAUAUUAUUACGGCGAAUCUGGGGGAUACCGCGCGUCGCGCUUCUUUCGGCUGCUGAUCAUCGCCACGAUUGCCAUCUUCCUCAUUGUGGGUGCGUUUUUUUUCAUCAUCUGGCUUAUCUUUCGGCCGCAGACACCCGGUUUUUCGGUCAACGCCGUCACUGUCCGCCAAUUCAACGUUUCUGGCGGCCAAUUGACCGCCAAUUGGGAUGUAACUUUCGCCGUCGACAACAGGGACAAGAGGAUGGCGGUUUCCUACGGCGGGAUCCAGGCGUUGGUCUUAUACAACGAAGCCAAAUUGGCUGACACGCCCCUCUCUCCUUUCCAGCUGGAAAAGAAAAGUAACACAACCCUCACGGCCAAGUUUGCUGCUGUCUCGGCGUUCGUCUCCGACAGCGGCAAGUUGGCUUCUGAACGAAGCGCAGGUCAGGUACACUUCAGGUUUCGUGUAUUGUCGGUCGUGCAAUUCCAGGACGACGGGUGGCGCAUGCGGUGGAGGUCGUUGGAUGUCCGCUGCUACGACGUGGAGGUCGAUUUUCCAAGAACGACAACUAAUGGGACUGAAGGAACCUUGAAGUCGCCGAGUGGCUGCUCAGUGUACAUGUGA